GUCCGGCUGAAGAUGCUCUAUGCUGCCACCAGAGCGACAGUGAAGAAGGAGUUUGGCGGGGGGCACAUAAAGGAUGAGAUGUUUGGAACGGUGAAGGAGGACGUGUCCCUGAGUGGUUACCAAAAGCACGUGUCGUCCUGCUCUGCCCCAGCCCCGCUGACCGCAGCCGAGCAGGAGCUCCAGCAGAUCCGCAUCAAUGAGGUGAAGACUGAGAUCAGUGUGGAGAGCAAGCACCAGACCCUGCAGGGCCUGGCCUUCCCUUUGCAGUUGGAUGCUCAGCAAGCCAUCCAGGCGCUCAAGCAGAAGAAAAUCAACUACAUCCAGCUGAAGCUAGAUCUGGAGCGGGAGACCAUCGACCUGGUACACACAAGCCCCACGGAGGUCGCUGACCUGCCCAAGAGGAUCCCCCAGGACUCGGCUCGCUACCAUUUCUUCCUGUACAAGCACUCGCAUGAAGGAGACUACCUGGAGUCUGUCGUCUUUAUCUACUCCAUGCCUGGGUACAAAUGCAGCAUCAAGGAGCGCAUGCUCUACUCCAGCUGCAAGAGCCGGUUGCUGGACACUGUGGAGCAAGAGUUUUGCCUGGAGAUAGCCAAGAAGAUUGAGAUCGACGAUGGAGCCGAGCUGACGGCAGAGUUCCUCUACGAGGAGGUGCACCCCAAGCAGCAUGCCUUCAAGCAGGCCUUCGCCAAGCCCAAGGGGCCCGUGGGGAAGCGGGGACAGAAGCGGCUGAUCAAGGGGCCGGGCGAGAAUGGCGAGGACAGUUAG